UGAAAAGUUUGCUGUCAUCCCUCUGUCAUCCGGCGAAGCUGUUUUUGAACUGUUAUUAAAUUUCGCUAAAAUAUCUUUAGUUAUACAUCUAUUCAAAUAUACCUGAUAAUUAUCAAAAAUGGCUCGCCGUUAUGAUACUCGCACAACAAUAUUUUCACCCGAAGGACGACUGUAUCAAGUCGAGUAUGCGAUGGAAGCUAUUAGUCAUGCCGGAACGUCCCUCGGUAUCCUGGCUACAGACGGCAUAUUACUCGCAGCUGAACGUAGAAACACCAACAAGCUGCUUGAUGAAGUGUUUUUCUCUGAGAAAAUCUACAAACUGAACGAUGACAUGGUUUGUUCAGUCGCCGGGAUUACAUCUGAUGCCAACGUCCUGACUAAUGAAUUACGCCUCAUCGCUCAGAGGUAUCUGUUGCAAUAUGGAGAGUCAAUUCCAUGUGAACAGCUUGUUUCAUGGCUUUGUGAUGUAAAACAAGCAUACACUCAGUAUGGAGGUAAGCGGCCAUUUGGUGUAUCCAUUUUGUACAUGGGUUGGGAUAAACACUAUGGCUACCAAUUGUAUCAGUCUGAUCCCAGCGGUAACUAUGGAGGAUGGAAAGCCACAUGUAUUGGCAACAAUAGUGCUGCUGCAGUUUCCAGUCUCAAGCAAGAAUACAAAGAGAAUGAAACCACUUUGGCUGAAGCUCAGGCAUUGGCAAUCAAGGUCCUGAGUAAAACUCUUGAUAUGACUAAACUUACACCAGAAAAAGUUGAGAUGGCAACCCUAACAAGAAAGGAUAAUAAAACUAUAAUCAGAAUCUUGACAAGUACAGAGGUGGAAAAACUUAUUGCUGACUUUGAGAAGACUGAGGCUGAGGCAGAGGCCGCCAAGAAGCAACCACCUAAAUCAUAAUUUUUGUCCUAUAAUUAAGUAUUCUUUUUCAAUCUAAUAAACAGUUGCAAGGUUUAACAAUA